AAAAAAAACGAGAGUGUGAACCCACAACAAAUAGACAGAAUCAGACACAUAUAUAUUUAUCUUCACUUGCAAUUCCCAACUAGCGGCGCCGCUCUCUUUUCUUGCUUUCAAAGCUCAUCUUCCUCCUUCCCUAUCCUCUCAUUUCUCUUUUUUCUUUUUAUAGCAAAAAAGUAAAGAAAACAUUUUUAUUUUAUUUUUUAUAUAUAUAGAAAACAAGAAGCAAAUACUUUUUCAUUUUAUAAUUUAUCACCAUACCAUUUCCCAAAGGAUUACGAAAAGUCCCUCUCCUCUAUCAUCUCUUUAUUCAACCCCAUACCAACAACUUCUACAUCUUCGUGUUCUUCUUCCUCCUUUUUUUUUAAUCAUUUACACAAAAAUCCAAAGACAAAUCUCUAAUAAACAAAUCCAUAAAAAAAAAGAAAAACAAAGAUGAAAGGUGAAUACAGAGAGCAAAAGAGUAACGAAAUGUUUUCCAAGCUUCCUCAUCAACAACAACAACAACACUCUCUUACCUCUCACUUCCACCUCUCCUCCACCGCAACACCCACCAUCGAUGACUCCUCCAUCGAAGUCGUCCGACGUCCACGUGGUAGACCACCAGGUUCCAAAAACAAACCUAAACCACCUGUCUUCGUUACACGUGACACCGACCCUCCUAUGAGUCCUUACAUCCUCGAAGUUCCAUCAGGAAACGACGUCGUUGAAGCCAUCAACCGUUUCUGCCGCCGUAAAUCCAUCGGAGUUUGUGUCCUUAGUGGCUCUGGCUCCGUAGCUAACGUCACUUUACGUCAGCCUUCUCCGGCAGCUCCUGGCUCAACCAUAACUUUCCACGGAAAGUUCGAUCUUCUCUCCGUCUCCGCAACUUUCCUCCCUCCUCCGCCACGUACUUCCUUGUCUCCUCCCGUCUCUAACUUCUUCACCGUCUCUCUAGCCGGACCUCAAGGACAAAUCAUCGGUGGGUUCGUCGCUGGUCCACUUAUCUCCGCAGGAACAGUUUACGUCAUCGCUGCAAGUUUCAACAACCCUUCUUAUCACCGGUUACCGGCGGAGGAAGAGCAAAAACACUCGGCGGGUACAGGAGAAAGAGAGGGCCAAUCUCCACCGGUGUCUGGUGGCGGUGAAGAGUCAGGACAGAUGGCGGGAAGUGGAGGAGAGUCGUGUGGGGUAUCAAUGUACAGUUGCCACAUGGGUGGCUCUGAUGUUAUUUGGGCCCCCACCGCCAGGGCUCCACCGCCAUACUAACCAAUCCUUGUCUCACAAAACUCUCUUCUUUUCUUUCUUUUAUCUUUUUGUUUUAGGAUGAAUCAAGAAACUAGGGUUUUUUUUUUUUUUUUUUUUUUUUUUUGCUUUUGAUCAUGAAGAAUCGUUUGCUUUUUUUAUCUUCUUAGAUUUUUGUAUCAGAAUUGACAUUUCUUUCCACGGUGUAAUCACUUGGUUUUAUGGUUACCUUCUUCUAUGCGGUUGCAAGUUCGAUAUUAAUUUGAAUUGACUCAUAUAAAUAUGCUUCCAA